AUGUCGGGUCAAAAAGGACAGGCCACUUUUGAGCCGCCCCAGGCAAGCCAGAGCCAACCAAAGCCUGGCUUGGAACAGAAGAUGGCACCGCCUAGUGAAGUCACAAAACUCGAUACAAGUGAAGGACUCGUUGAAUAUGUCGGUGCAAAUAAGCUCAAGGGCAAGAAAGUCCUCAUCACUGGUGGCGACUCCGGCAUUGGUCGUUCAGUAGCAGUCCUGAUGGCCAGAGAAGGCGCCGACAUCUCAAUUGUCUAUCUACCAGUGGAGCAAAGCGAUGCAGAAGAUACGAAAAAAAUGGUCGAGGCAGAAAACAGCACUUGUCUGCUUAUUCCUGGAGAUCUCAGGAAAUAUGACUUCUGUCGCCGCGCAGUUGAGGAACAUGUCAAGCAAUUCGGGACCCUCAAUGUACUUGUCAACAACGCCUCCAAGCAAUACUCCUGCAAAGACCUUGCCGAAAUCGACAUGGAGAAAGUCGAGGAUACCUUUCAAUCGAAUAUCCUGCAGAUGAUUGCCAUUACGAAAUACGCCCUUCCGCAUAUGUCUAAAGGUGACUCGAUCAUCAAUAAUACUUCGGUGGUUGCGUUCCGCGGCACGGCCGGUAUGGUGGACUACGCUGCCACGAAAGGAGCCAUUGUUGGCUUUACACGAUCCCUGGCACAACAGCUCAUGCCUAAGGGUAUUCGCGUCAAUGCUGUUGCUCCCGGUGUGAUCUAUACUCCUAUUCAGGCCGAUACUCGCGACCCCCAGGGGAUGGAAAAUUUGGGCGCGAACAAAGGUCUUGGUCGCCCUGGUCAGGCUAGUGAAGUUGCUACUAGCUUUGUCUUCUUGGCUAGCAACGAUGCCUCUUUUUACUAUGGGCAGAUCAUGCACUGCUAUCCGUUGGGAGAUUAG